UCGCUGUUCGUUUGUUCCAUUGAUAAAGCGCUGGCAAACACCCGAUUGAAUGUUCUUGGACUACGACGAAUCGUACGGACAUGCGAAGAGCGAGCGAAUCAUUACAUGUACAGCAUCGUUCCCUACUUGGUUGCAAGCACUCUCGACCUCGACAUCUAUUGCCAUCUGCAAGCAAUUUCAUCCGCAGCCGCACUACGUCAGGCAGUGGUUCAAGAUCAAUCGCAGCCCGCCAUACUGCUCUCUCAAGACCAUCAAGGUUACCAACAUCGCAAACCCGGCAGCCACUAAAUCGAAUGGAAGACACGCGAAACUUGCAUGGGAGCAGCGGCACGGGAGCUCAACGAAGCGAAGAGUGGCAAAGCCAGGCGCCAUACCGGGUUCACGGCCAGCAGGAGGAGUUUGAUGUCAAGCAUGAGGCGAGUUGUCAUUGUGGGCGAGUGCAAUAUCAGUUGAAGCGAGCGGUGCCGCUGGACAGCAAGUUUUGCCAUUGCGUCGAGUGUCAGGUGCAGCAUGGCGCGCCUUUUCAAUGGGCUGCGAUCUUCCAUAAGGAGGACAUCAACUUCACGCGCGGCCAUGAGGGGUUGGAAUGGUAUGAUUCGGCAAAGAGGGAGGCACGACACACGCUUCCUUGUAAAGUGCGGUGUGCGUAUUGCAAGACGCCCAUCAUGGACGAAGGACGACGUAUGAUCCUGCUGUUCCCUACUUUGAUCAGUCUGAAGUCCGAGCAGGCGAGGAGAGACUUCCGGCCCAGGAUGCAUAUGUUCUACAGCCAGCGGGUUGUUGACAUUGAUGACGAUCUGCCGAAAUGGAGCGGUAUGGCCAAGUCCAGCGAACUGAUUGGGGGAAGUGAGCCGAAAGAAGUCGAUGGUAAUCUGUAGUGCCUCCUAAUGAGUGGAUGGUGAAUGCUAGGAUGACCCUUUGU